GGCUUGGGACAGUCUUUGAGUUGUAUCACCCCAAAGAUUUAAGGCAACACCAUACAUAUAUAGGUCAGCUAUGGGUAUCAAGAGCCGGCAUUGCUGCACCAGCUCCAUCUUUCUGUUGUUACCAUUACUCCUACAGCUUUAUUCUGCCGAAAGUGAUCUCCAGUUGAACUACUAUGCUCAAAGUUGCCCAAAUGCUGAAGAGAUCAUCAAGCAGCAAGUGAUCAAGCUCUACAACAAGCAUGGAAACACAGCUGUUUCCUGGGUUCGAAAUCUCUUCCACGACUGCAUUGUUAAGUCAUGCGAUGCGUCGCUGCUGUUGGAGACGGUGAACGGCGUCGAGUCGGAACAAAAAUCGGAUAGGAGUUUUGGGAUGAGAAAUUUCAAGUACGUCAAGACAAUCAAAGAAGCUCUUGAAGCAGAAUGUCCGAUGACAGUUUCCUGCGCUGAUAUCGUCUCUCUUUCUGCUAGAGAUGGCAUUGUCUUGCUUGGAGGACCACGCAUUGAAAUGAAAACCGGUCGGAAAGAUAGCAAGGAAAGUUACUUUUCGGAGGUCGAAAACAGCAUCCCCAACCACAACGAUUCGAUACAGUCGGUGCUUUCUCGAUUUCGAUCAAUCGGAAUCGACACCGAAGGAACGGUAGCUUUACUAGGAGCUCACUCCGUCGGUCGAGUUCAUUGUGUCAACUUAGUACACAGACUCUACCCCAAUGUCGAUCCUACAUUGGACCCCGAUUACGCCGAGUACCUUAAAGGGAGGUGUUUGUCGCCCAACCCCGAUCCAGAGUCGGUGUUGUACUCGAGAAACGACCGGGAGACGCCGAUGAUUAUCGACAAUAUGUACUACAAGAACUUGUUGAAGCACAAGGGAUUGCUUAUGAUCGACCAGCAGCUGACAUCUGAUCCGACAACUUCAACUUUUGUGGAGAAAAUGGCAGCUGAUAAUGGAUAUUUCCAUGAUCAGUUUGCCAGAGCUGUGAUGUUGUUGUCGGAGAAUGAUCCACUUACGGGAGAUGCAGGCGAGAUCAGAAAGGAUUGUCGUUAUGUGAACAGUGCUUAAUAUUGCAAUGUUAAAAAAUAAACUG